AUGAACGGCGGCAGCGCAGACAGGGGCGGCAACAGCCACGGUGCGCACAGCAGCAGCUCCGAGCGCACCAAGCUUCAGACGUCAGCAUCGUCUGGGCUCAGGGCGCAAGCCGAGACGCUCAGAGAGCAGCUCAAUGCGCUGGACACGAGACGAGAGCACCUCAUCAAGCACAGACCGACGGGCGCAAAGAGGCGGUCCAUGCAAGAGGUGGAGGCUCUGAUCCGCGCAAAGCAGGAGGAGAUGGAGCGGUCGACGCUCACCAUCAAGGAGGAGAAGCAGCGGCUGCUUGAGAUGAAACGGAUGAAGGACGACGCGCGCCAGGCGAGCGCCCUUGCUGCGGAGUGGGAGAGCGAUUUUGAGGAUGUGCGCAACAAGCGCUCCUCGCUCACGCGCCCCACCGUGCCGCCCCUCGCCCAGCUCACCGAGAGCUUGCGCGCCGUCUUCGCCGACUUGGAUGCUGCACGCGAUGCGUCCUCGCGCGCCGAGGCGGCCGUCGAGCUGGGCCUCUCGCCCGAGGCUGUGGUGGAGCGCAAGCUGUCACCGUCGGCAGAGCUGCGUGAGCUGCUCUCCUCCGCGUGGAUGCGGAAGCGGCUGCGCGCCGAGUACGCCGUCGUCGUGCGGCCCGACCGCGCGGCCAAGGCGGUGCGCGUGUUCGGCGAGCCGGAGGGCGUGGAGGCGGCAGGGGCGUUUGUGGCCGGCAUGGGCCCGGUCGGGGUUGCACGCAUCAAGGUGGAUGAGGAGAACCUCUCGCUCCUGAUCGGUCGCAAGGGAGCGACCGUCGAGGCGCUGCAGGCGCCGACCCCCCCCCUCCCCACCCCACCCCCACCCCCACCACCGCACUCCGCGCAGUCAGCGCUCAGCGCCCAGCCCGUCCCCGCUGGUGCGCAGGAGGAGAGCGGCUGCUCGGUGGAGCUGCGGCGCAAGGAGCUCACCGUGGUGCUCGCGGGGCCCGCGGAGGCUGUGGUGGCGCUCGAGGCCCGCAUUGAGCACCUCCUGCUCACGCAGCGGCGCGUCGAGGUCAAGCUAAGCUACGACCCCGAGCAAAAGGGCCGUCUGCUUGGCAAGGGGGGCGCGACCGUGCAGCGGAUCCAGUCGCAGUCGGGUGGCGCCACGCUCGACAUCGGCAAGGGCGACGACGCGACGGUCCGGGUGAGCGGGCCAGCGCACGCCGUCGAGACGGCCCGGGUGGCCAUCUCGCGGCUGCUCAGCCUCGACGCCGAGAGCGUGCGCACCGUCGCGGUGCCGGAGGCGGUCGCGCUCGCUGUGCUCGGGCGCGGCACCGAGCGGCUUAAGCUGCCCGAGGGCGUCUGCGCCGACCGUGCGGGCGACGGCGCCGUCAAGGUGCGCGGCUCGCGGGCGGCGGUGGAGGAGGUUGUGCGUGAGAUAGAGGCUGCGGUGGCGGCCAACGAGCGGGUCGAGGAGACGCUCGAGGUCGAGUCGCAGCACGUGAGCAUGCUGCUCGGCAAGGGAGGGCAGGCGAUGUUCGCGAUGCAGAAGGAGACGGGCGCCAACAUCGCCCUCUCCAAGCAGGCGGACGGCAAGGUCAUGCAGACCGCAACCAUCAAGGGCACGCGCCGCGCCGUCGGCAAGGCGCUCGCCGCGCUCGAGGCGGUGCUGCAGUACAACGCCGACUGCUCGGAGAAGAUCGAGGUCAAGGUGGAGUUCAUGCCCUUCGUGAUUGGCAAGGGCGGCGAGGAGAUCAACCGCAUCCGCGCCGCCACGGGCGCCGCCAUCGACGCCGCGCGCAACCAGCACGGCAACGAGAUCUUCAUCCGCGGCUCGGCUGAGGCGGUGGAGGCGGCCAAACGCGCUAUCUCGGCGGUGGAGGACGCGAACCGGCGCGUGACCGAGUCGGUGCCGAUGCCGUGGCACUGCAUCGACCUGCUGCUCGGCCCGAACGCCGAGCGGCUGCGACAGCUCGAGGCGGAACACUCGGUUCAACUCGAGCUUCCCGGCGUGAGCCUAGCGUCGGACGUCCCAGUCAGGACCACCUUCCUCGGCAUCAGCUCCUCGAUGUCCAUCCGCGGGCGGAGGAAGCACGUCGAGGCGGCGAUGGCCGAGGUGACGGCGCUGAGUCGGAAGCACCAGCGCGAGGAGACGGUGCUGCUCGAGGAGGACGCCGAGCUCCUCUCGCGCGCGUGCCUGCAAGACGAGGGGCUGCUGCCGGGGCUCGAGGCGCGCUUCGGCGUCUCCAUCCUCUUCGAACCGCUUUCGAACCGCAUCGUUUUCCGCGGCGAGGGCUACCUCGCCGCGCAGAUCGAGGUGCAGCACCUCCUCUCGCAGUGGCGCCCGUCCGAGGCGGCGCUCGACUGCCCGCCGUUCCAGAUGGCGCUGCUGCACCGGCGCGAGGGCGGACUGCUGCUUCAGCUGCAGUGCCUCGUCGCGCCCGCCCUGCUCGCGCUGCAGGAGUGCCCGUCGAUGGUCCUGCUUACCGCUGCGGCGCCGGUUCUGAGCGGCGCGCGCGCGAAAGCGGAGGCCUGGAUCCAGGAGCACGCCGAGUGCAGCCGGGAGGUGCAGGUGCCUCCCGAGGUUGCCGCCAUCCUCUCGCCCCGGCUUCGGAUGCUUGCGGCGCAGCACCAAGUCGACCUCGAGAUGCGCGGCAGCGCCGUCGCUGUCCACGGGCCGGAGGUGUGCGUGGCGGGCGUGCAGGCGGAGCUGAAGGAGCUCAUCGAGCAGCACGCCAUCACAGAGGCAAGGGCGGGGGCGCGGGGCGGCAGCCUCUGCAGACGCGGCCUCACGCGCCUCGCGACGGCGUCCGGGGGCAGCCAGUCAAAGGGGGGGAGCCAGCCGGGCAUCAGCAUCGACGUGCGCCGCUCCGAGGGGCUCGUCGUGUUGCGCGGCACGCGGAAGCCGAUCGCCGCCGCGCAGGGUGAGGUCGCGGCCCUCCUCGAGGAGGCACGCAGCUGCGCGCACCGCGAGGAGCUGAGCGUGGAGUCGCACCACGCGGUGCUUCACCUCGACCGCGUCGGCAGGACGCUCACGCUCUUCGGUUUGCCCGCUGCCGUCCAGAGCGUGCAGCAGGCUCUUGCGUCGGCGCUCGACGUGUGUGAGGAGCGGCGCCAAGUCGCGCUCGCGACCAUCCCCAUCAUCAUUGGCCGCGCCGGCGCAAACAUCAAGCGGCUGCAGCAGGCGAGCUCUGAGUCUGGCGCCAGCUUUGACAUCGACAGGAACGCCGGGCACGUCCGCGUCUACGGAAGCAAGGCUGCCGUCGCAGCCGCGGUCGCCGCGCUGGACGCGCUGCUUGUCGAGCACGGCGGCUCGAGCGAGCUGCCCGUCAAGGCCAAGCAGGUGCCGCUCAUCAUUGGGCGAGGUGGUGCGACCAUCCGCCAGCUCGAGUCCGACUCUGGCGCCACCAUCACCGUCUCCAAGGACGACGGCGUCGUCCGUGUGCGAGGCUCCAAGCGGGCCGUCGACAAGGCGACCGAACUCCUGCAGCAGCUGCUCUCUGGUGGCGGCGCCAACGGCGCCAAGGGCGCCAACGGCACGAAAGACGCCCACGGUGCCAACGGCCAAAACGGCGCCAACGACAACGGCGCCGCGGUUCGCGGCGCGGAGCCGCCGCCUGGGCUCACGUCGGCCGCGCCGGCGCGGAGGGCUGUGGCCUAGCGCGCGUGGAGUGCGCCGGGCCACACGGCGGUGCAUCCGCCUUUGUGGUCAUCAGCAAGAGAUCAAACUCCACUCAGCGAGAUGAUGCCCUGUGUUUUGCGACUUUUCCGUUUCGUCUAUUUUGGCCGACAGUAGUAUGACGGCCGAUCUC